AUGGCCGCUAUCGAGGACAUCGCAAAGCCGUUCGCGGCUAAGCACUUGCCUUCUCCCGAGGACUUCUUCGCACGCAAGGUCGCGUUGAUCUCUGGUAUCACUGGCCAGGAUGGCUCUUACCUGACGGAGCUGCUCUUGAGCAAGGGUUACGAGGUUCACGGCAUCGUCCGCCGCUCGUCGUCCUUCAACACUGGCCGCCUGCACCACAUCUACCAGGACCAGCAUGAGCGCCCGAACAAGCUGAAGCUCCACUACGGCGAUCUCUCUGACAGCACGAACCUGGUAUACAUCAUCGCCCAGGUUCUGCCCUCCGAGAUCUACAACUUGGGCGCGCAGUCGCACGUCAAGGUCUCGUUCGAGAUGUCCGAGUACACCGCCGACGUCGACGGUCUCGGUACUCUCCGUCUCCUCGAUGCGAUCCGCACGUGUGGCCUCGAGAAGCACACGCGUUUCUACCAGGCGUCUACGUCUGAGCUCUACGGUCUCGUGCAGGCGCCGAUCCAGGAUGAGACCACGCCGUUCUACCCUCGCAGCCCGUACGGUGUCGCCAAGCUCUACGGUUUCUGGAUCACGAAGAACUACCGUGAGGCAUACAAUAUGUACGCGUGCAACGGCAUUCUCUUCAACCACGAGUCUCCUCGUCGCGGUCGCACUUUCGUCACUCGCAAGAUUACCCGCGCUGUAGCCGACAUCUCGCUCGGCAAGCAGUCCUGCCUCUACCUCGGCAACCUUGACGCCAAGCGUGAUUGGGGACACGCCGCGGACUACGUUGAGGGCAUGUGGCGCAUGCUGCAGCAGCAGGGCCCUGAGGACUUCGUCCUGGCGACUGGCGAGACGCACCCCGUGCGUGAGUUCGUGGAGAAGGCGUUUGCUGUCGUCAACGUCAAGCUGCGGUGGGAGGGUUCCGGCGAGAAGGAGAUUGGUAUCGACGUCCAAUCCGGCAAGGUCCUCGUACGCGUUGACCCGCAGUACUUCCGCCCCGCUGAGGUCGAGUUACUUCUGGGUAGCCCCGCGAAGGCGGAGAAGCUGCUUGGCUGGAAGCGCAAGGUCGACUUUGGCUCGCUUGUCCAGCAGAUGGUUGAGGCCGACAUCCAGGCCAGCAAGGGUCUUGUGGAGGACCAGAACUAA